AUGUCUCUAAUGGCAGAAAACAAUUUAAAGAAUUUGAGACGUUUGGCGAAGAAAUACAACAUCCGUUUUCGCCUUCCUUUCGAACCAUUGCCCGACUGUCACGCUGACACAUUCAAGAACAUCAAAGAGUUAGGAUGUUAUCGAUUCGAUACAUAUGCUGAAAAUGCCAGCAUUAGAUCUGCUGAAGAGCCCUGGGUUCGGCAGACCAAAUCUCGGGCCGAAUGGCUGGCUCAUCGAGCUGCGAGGUUGUUCGAGCAAAAUCGCAAUGAAGCAGGCUGGCGUCUUGGACUAGAGAACGAUGUAUUGCGAAGGUUUGCUGUUGAAGUAGCAUGCCCAAGGUGUAGAGCUAGAAUUUGGAAAUCAGAAAUUCAGGCAACAAUACAAAACAACGGACAUUAUUCAAAGCGGCUUGAAGAACGUCAGAAUUCACGGAAGCCUUGCGAGUGCUCUUACGGAAAGCAUCUCUAUGACUUCUAUGAGACCGGAACGAACAAUCUGUUUGAGGAUCGGGCCGAAGAAUUCAUUCUUUAUGAAGGGAUCCUACGAUCAGAACUGAAGAAACAAGGCCCGGACCGUGUCUACGGGCUGAAGAAUACAAGCAAUCUUGACUCUCUGCUCUCCAGCCUAGCACCGCCGGAACUUGCAAACGAGCCUGGCGAUACUAUUGCUGACGUGGUAAAACACACUCCAUUCAGCUCGGAUGUUGAUCCUCUGCUUUUUCCUUUUUUAGUCCUUGAGGCAAAGUCCGAAUCUAGCAGCAGCGGAUUUGAUGCCAUACAAAUACAGUCUGCUUUUCCAAUUCGGGCCCUCCUGAAGUUGCAAGAGGAUUUACAAUCUAAUUCCCCUAUAUCCGAUCCCGCAAUGGCUCCGCUAGUCUGGUUCCUUGCAUGUCGGGGUGAUGCGUGGAGGGUCUAUGGGGCUUACCUAGCCCCUGGGCAAAACGAAAGCCCAACUUUCUAUGAAAUAUCCCUACUAUGGUCUGGCUCUUUGUUACAUAAAGAUCAGGCUCUGCAACUUGUGCUGAUUGUUGACUACAUUAUGGAUUGGGCCCGCGAUAUCUACCGCCUUGAUAUUGUGAGGCAUCUCAAAUCCAUUGUCACUGGAGAAAUCUCAGACCAAAUGAGCUUCCGAGAUAGCGAUAUCUUUUCUACAUGCGGAAGUGUCUUCAACUGGAUCCCACCUCCGCGAAGUAUCGCAGCCGAGGACAUUGCAGAAUCAAGUUUCACAGCGAACCGAGAUCAAUUCGAAUCGAGCUUGUCAACUCAUGAAGCAAUGCUAAAUACCCCGAUUCCGAAUACGGAGCUUGGAUCUCUUCGCUCUGCCUUUAUUUCGAAUUUUCGCUUUGUUUGUCUUUACAUCACAUCUGAUUUGGUCCCGAGUCUACUGGAAAUGGUCGGAGGCAAAUAUAAGACCAGAGCCAACAUUGAAUCGGUUGCUCGACGGCUGAUAAAUUUUAUCACACAGUUUGACGAGGUGUUGGUGAUGUCGGGGAGGGAUCUUGAGUUGCUUGAGAUGCUCUGGACUGGAGUCAGUCAUUCGAGCCCCGAGGCUUAUCCAGAGGAAUUCUUUGUUAUCAUGGAGACGAGUUGGUAUUUCAGUACUUCUUGGGAUAUCCAGCGAGAAAUUUCAUGCUUGGCGAUCUCCAGAACAGCUUUUGAUGUGUUGAAAAAGACUGCCAACUUUAGAGUCAAACAUAAAGGUAUCGACAAACUUGAACGGUCUGAACGGAUUUGUCACGAAAAGGCAAUACGAGAUUUGGUUGACUGUCUGACAUCCGCAUCUUCAUGGCAGGUUCUGCUUGCUGCUAUUUCUUGCACUCUUGUCACAAUCUAUCCAUUCCCGUUGCGGAAAAGACAUGAUUUCACGCCUGCACUGGAGGCUCUCGGGUUUGGAUACAUUCGAGAGGCAAGAGUGCAGCCCUUUAUUCAAAGAAUUUUAUCUCGAAAGAUGUGGGCUCCGAAGAAGCAUGUAACUGUCACACGUCGAGAAAUGAAGGCUGCUCUGCAGAGCGGGAUGACAGCUGAGGAGGUUUUCGCCUCGAAACGGGAUAGACGUCCCAGACAUACAGACAUGUCGUUCAAGCGUAUAUCAGAAUACAUAUAUGACUACGCUCGCGAGAAGGGUACCGGGACACAGAAAGACGACAGCGGCAUAUGCGCAUUCUGUGGCUUCGGACCUCACUCUACCAAGAACUAUGCAUAUCUGAAUAAUUCCCCGCCUGCCACCUAA